AAGCAUAAACUGAACGAACAUACUCAUCACACUUUUGGCAGUUCCUAGAUAUACCGUUAGUGCCCCUAAUCAUCCAAAAUGAUGAAUUUCAUAGUGAAACAAAUAAAUAUUACAAAUAAAACCUCAGAUUUAUUCGACAGUCACAACGACCACAGUGAUUUUCCACAUGGAUUUAUUCUGGUCUCAACGGUGGUUUUAUUGCCGCUCGUAAACAGUUUUCGAAAUGCAAAAACAUCAAAAUUUCGUCCGGAUUGUGUGUCACAACUUCCUAUGCUGGUUCAGCUAAACGGAUAUAUAAUUAUAACGACAAUCCUGCUUCCGUUGCUGACCAUUUUAGGGGCAAUUUGCUGGACAUUCAAAUCAGCAGUUAUCGUGUGGUUGCGACUUCGCCACAAAGAUAAAUUUAAGGGUUUAUUAAGCGGUCCGGACACUCUAUGGACCCUGGAGGAUUAUUCCACAAGUGUGGUAAAUAUCUUACUAGUUGUGCGUCACGAGAGUGCAGAAUUGUUUUCACGACUAGUAAUUAAAAAGUUGCAAGUAUUAAGGGACGAUCCAAAAUUGUGGAAGUUGAAAUGCGGCUAUUCAUCCUGCAUGGGAUACACGUAUUUACUAACAAAUCAGGAUGUGAAUGGCGGCGCUCCAUGUGUGCACAAACUAGAUUCAGCUUUUUAUGCAAAUCGGGAGGUUCUGCAAGCAUCGCUAAGUGAUUUCGCAUCAAUUGAAAUUGGUGGUGGGAAUUUGUGGGAAGCGUAUAUUGGUGCCGAGAAAAUAGCAUGGGGAAACAAAAGAAAUUGUUAUCCACUAAUUGUACGCUUUCAUCAUGUACUAGGAGAUGGGCAUGCCCUGUUGCAGCUCAUACAAAAAAGUUUCAGUCCGGCGAAUACGAGUACAACCGGCGUAAAAUUAAAACCACGACUGCAAACAAAGCAGCCCAAAGAGCACGACAGCGAUAAUGAUUUUGCACAGAGAAUGGUAAAGAUCACAAUACGUAUCAUGCAUUCGAUGCACCUAUUUUAUAAGCUCCCACAAAUAAUCAUUGAGCUUUUAUCAAAAAGGGCUGAUAAUAAUUGCUUACAUCAUCCUGGUAUGCAAUCUUCCCUUUCCGGUGUUAAAAUUGUCGCCUGGAAGGUAGAAAAAGGGUACAAGUAUGUCAAUCGUGUGAAAGAAAUAAAACGACGAAUUGGUGCCGCAUUUAUCGAUAUUAUCGCUGCAAGUGUUAGUUAUUCAUUAAACAAAUUUUUCACAAAGAAAAACAGAAAUGUGGAACAUGUAAAUGUUGUAAUACCCGCGCUUCCACACACUGCAAGCAUCGUAAACAUAAACGCUAGCGAAAACGUGCUAACUAAUCGAUUUUCUGUUGGUAUUUUGAAAUUGCCCGUGCACGCAGUCAUCGGUAUCGAAGAUAAUCGAAGCUGUUACUGGAGAUGUGCGCAAACAAUCGCAAAUUUGUACAAUUUGCGUUCGAGUUUCGAGUUUCAAAUAAACUACUGGUUAAUGGAAAUCGUCAUGGGCGUCGUGCCCCGUAAUAUAAUGAAAUUGCUAUUAAGAGAAUCCUUCCGUCUAAGCACGUUAGUUAUCAGUAAUUUGCCAGGUCCAAAACGCAUUUAUUUGGAUGAAGGAGACUGUGAAAGCUUCGUGGAGGAUAUUGUAUUUUGGGUGCCUCAGCGUGGUCUAACAGGAGUCAGCAUUUCGAUAUUCACAUAUGAUGACCGAUUUCAAUUAGGUUUGUCAAUAGAUAAACUUUAUGGAGUUACACAACAGGAGGCGGAGGUAAUGCUGGAAUCUAUAUUUGAUUAUAUCGAUCGUCUGCAUGAAGACCUUGUUAAAAAUGUUUAAAUGGUAAUAUUAUAACAACUUCAAAUAAGUCAUCAGUGUCCAUAAAUUAGGUAUUUAAAAUAACUUACGAAAUUCUAGGAAAGCCUAUAUAAUUUACUUCUAUUUUGUCUUUUCAGACUUCACUUAAUGAUAAAUGAAUGUUGUUACAAACAUUUUUAAUUUGAAUAAUUAUUCAAUCAUAAAAAAUUAACGUUUCAAUUAAAACUUGUAAUGGGA